AACAUUUACAAAUUUAACUGCAAAACAUUUAUUUGAAUAUUUUACUCUUUUUAAAAUUGUUCUUCCUAAACAUUUACUUAUCGUUUCAGCUUCUGUCCUCAGUCAGAAGUCCUCCUUCUGGCCCAUUUUAUUGACAUUAAUUCAUCUGAGCUGAAAACCUCACGGUGUUUCUGAGAGAUUUGGGUCAAACUGCUGAACAAGAUGCACGUUGUUCUGCUUAUUAAAGUCACAGCAGAAACCAGCCGUGAUUGCUGCCAUAAAUCUGUUUUAAGUGUCUGACUGAGAGCAGCAGGACGACCACAAAGGUCUGGACCAAAACAAGGACAUGGCUUUGACUCAAGGGGUUAAAAACUUCAGUUAUUUAGGAGCUUUGUGAUCGUUUUUAGGGAUCCUAGAAUGUGGAUUUCUGUCGUUGGGGUUUCUUGUUUCUGGGUUUAGUUUUCAGUUCUGGUGGCGUGACGGGGAUUGUUGAUUUUAUGACUCAGAGACGAACCGUUUCCCAACAUUAAGUGUGAGUGCAUGACUCCCCUGAAACUAAAGUGCCAAAGAGACAGUUUCAGGUCAAACUGGUCAAACUUUGGAUUUUAACUUUAGCAGCACAGCAUGGGGGUAAUUCUUUAUUCAGAAUGGCUUUUUACACUCGUGUCAUUCUAUUUUAUUCCACACUUUUUAGUGAUUCUGUCUGUUUGUUCUUGGUUUUUAACUUUGUAAAGCACCGGAUGCCUCAGCUGUGACGUCCUAAAUAAAUAAUCCAAUUCAUGAACUGUAACAGUGGACUAGGAUUAGAAAAGUGGGACUAUACCAGCAGGGCUCAAUAGACGCAGGGUUCAACACCCUCCGCCGAGCCGGAGGGGUAGGAAUGGCGGGAGGUGUGCAUGCAUCGUGCUGUUAUAUUGUAUGCUGUAUGCAGUGCUGUUUCAUUAUAUAGGCUUGUGUGUAGAACGGCCAGCACCCCCCGUCCCCCGGUCCAACAAUCCAGCAGCAACUAUUGAUUACAAUGAAUUAUUGAAGACAGAUAAUGGAAUGUUGAUAGUGAGCUUCACUGAUUUUUGAAGCUCAUUCCAGUCGUUGGAAGCAGCAAACUGGAAUGAGGAGCGGCCAAAGGAGGUGCGAGCUUUGGGAAUAACUAUAGAGUUAAGUUACUGGAACGUACAUUGCGCUGGUUGUUGGAAGUAAUGAGCGAAGAUAUGAUGGGGCUCUACCGAUGACUGUUUUAUAUAUGAAGAAAUUUUUUGGAAGCAGUCCAAUAAAUGAUGUCUCUGUAAUCUGAGAUGGGAAGAAUUGUCAUUUUAACCAAGGUUUGCUUUGCAGAAUGAGUAAAGGAUGGCCUGUAGUGGUACAGAAACCCAAUUCUAGACUUGGCUUUAGAAAGUAAUGAAUUAAUGUGAAUGUCAAAUGAAAGUGUGAUGUCAAGCCAGAUACCCAGAUACUUAUAGGAACUGACAAGUUGUAGUUCUGUACCAUCCAGGGAAACAACACUAGGGUGAAAAGUUACGGUUAAAGAUCACGAACUUUGUUUUACUUGUGUUUAAAUGAAGAUGAAGGUUGGAGAAGACAUGCUGAAGACAAUUAAAGUUGUGCUGCAAGGAGGACAAAGCUGUGUUCAAGGAAGAACUGCGUGUAUAUAAAAUGGUGUUGUCCACAUAUAAAUGUAUAUGAGAACUGUCAACAGCAUGAACAAUGUUAUUAAUACUUUAAAUGAGGUUGGGCCCAGUAUCGACCCUUGAGGAACGACCCAUAGAUAGAGGUAGAGUAGCAGACUCUGUUCUCACUGUUUGUGUACAGCAUAAGAUAAAACUUCUGAACCAAGCCACGGAUGCCUGAGAAAGUCCUAUAUGCUUGAUCGAUCCUGCUAAGUAAGAUGUUAUGGUCGACAGAGUCAAACGCUUUAGCCAAGUCAACAAACACAGCUACACAAUAUCCCUUAUUGACAAUGGCACAUAUUGUGUCAUUUAGCACUUGAAGUGUUGCAGACACACAUCCAUGGCCAGUUCGGAAGCCGGACUUCAUGGGAGUAAUAAUACUGCUGGAUUCCAGAUAGUGAGUUGGCGGUUUAUUGACUAACUUUUCAAUGACUUUAUAGAGCCAAGGCAGGAUAGAGAUAGGCCUAUAACAGCUUAGGUCUGAAUGGUCUGCCCCUUUAAAAGGUGAAGUAACAGAUGCAAAUUUUCAUUUCUGUGGAAAUGUACCAGUUUGUAUGGACAGAUUAAAUAGGUGGGUAAUAGGUGCAGCAAUAACACGUGCUGCUAUUUUCAGAAAGAAAGGGCCAAGAGUAUCCAGUCCGGCCGAUUUAUGAGGAUCUACCCUGAGUUACUCACCAAGCACCUCAUUUACUUGAAACAAUUGAAUGGAGAAACAGGGAUUGUUUGCAGAGAGGGAAUCAUUACUUAUAGCUGAGUCGAGGUCAGAAACCCCAGAGACAUGUGAAGCAGUAGCAAAGGCAUGACCGGACUUGAAAAAAGUGAUUAUUGAAAUAAUUUACCAUUUUAGUUUUAUCUGAGACAACAAUGCCAUCAGAUUUGAUUGAAUUUGGCAAGUGUGAGGACUUAUUGGUAUUUUCCAUAGUCUUGACAGUCUGCCAGAACUUUAUGGGGUCAGAACUACUCAUCAAAAACUGGUUCUUAUAAUAUUCAGAUUUUGCUUUUCUGAUUGACUGGGUACAUUUGUUCCUUAUAGAUCUGAAGGAUUGCCAGUCCCUCAUAUUCUUGGAUGUCUUUGCUCUUUGCCAAAAUUGAAAUUUUAGAGGAAUCAGUUCUGACAGUUCAGUAUUGAUCCAGGAACUGAAACAAUUUUUAACUCUGACUUUUUUAAAGGAGCAUGUCUAUCUAAAAUCGAGAUUACGGAGUUUUUGAAAUGUGAUCAAGCAUCCUCAACAGCAGGAAUUAGCUACAUGCCGUUGACCCCAAGUCACGUAAAAAAGCCUGCUCGUUGAAGUUUUUUAGAAUUCGUUUUGUCAUUAUUUCAUUCUGUUGGAGUAAAACUUUGAGCAGGAAAACUACUAAAACUCAUGUUUGUGACAUUCCCGGUGGAAGGUAGAAGGAGCUGCUUUAGAGGGUCUGAAGGACCACAGUGACGGGGUCCUGCUUCUGACUAAUGACACACAUCAGGUGUCGUCUUUAUGAAUUAUUUGAUUCAGCUUUAAACGGCUGCUUUUUUGUAUUUUUAGAUGAAGUUUUCUCUGUUAGAGGAGCUGCUCCACUGCAGCAAAGCAGCUUUUGUUCUGGGAGUGAGAGGAAGUUCAGACUAGUUUACUUCUGAAUAUCAAUGAGGGAAUUCCCUAAUCUUUGAGAUUCCUACUAAAUCCUCUCCACCUGUAAUUCACUGCAGAAUCGUCUCAUUGUAUCCCCUUUAACUAGUGAUAUGGAUGCAUUCCCAGUAUCUGCAGCCCAGAGCAGAAAUAUGAAGUCUAGACUUUAGCUUAGAGACCGUUCAGAACUGUGACCUUCUGCAACCAUCAGAGUGUGUACCAGAUUCAGGCAGAAACAACUAAAACCCCUCAGGAGGCAUCAAGUUAUGGUUCUGACUUCUUCAGUUGUAAAAACACACUGAGCUGUCAGAGCAGAAACCAUCUUUACAUGAUCUGUGACUUCUGGACACAGCUUCUGUUUACAUCUUUUUUAUGUCAGAAACCAUUCUGGUAGACGUGGUUCUGGGGGGGCCGAGCGGCUCGUUGAUUCAUGUUCCAGUCAGAAAAGACAAGGAAGUCCAAAAAGGAAGUAGCACAGAGCUGGGAGCACGGAUGAGGGCUGAAGAGAUCUUCUUCUUCUGGGGGUUUUGUCCCUAAACUCGGUUCAGACUACAGCUAAACGUUUCUACGCAGACCAGGAGGUUUGAGGCUGAAGCAGCAAAACUGACACAAAGUAAAGCAGCUGCAGGUCUUCUGUUGAGUUAGAGCAGGUGAGCAGCCAGGUAACAAUCAGGUGAAUUAUCCACCACCUGUUUCUGCUGCUGUGAUGCACCAGCAGAUGAUGGUUCUGACCCACGCUUAACUAAACCUGCUCUUUGAAUCUGGUGUUUCCCUGAAGAACGAGCAUCAGAAAGGUCUGAAGAAGAGAUGAAGAUCUGAGAUUUUCCAAGCUUGGAUGUUUAGAGCAGAAAAACAAGGAUGUCGGUGAAGCUGCGAUUUGAUGCUCCGGCUGAUGGAGGUCUGGUCCAACGGAGCCGGUCCUUCGCUGGGUUCGGUGCUCUGAGCGGUCGACAACGCUCAUCUUCUGUUCGUGGCUCUUUUCGCUCCAAAGCUGUGACGGGAGGGAAAUCUCCCAGAACGCAUCUCUCGUCUCGGCGAGGAUCAGCAGCUUCCUGGUCGGAGCCUGAGCAGGUGGACCAGAUCUUCCAAGCACUUCGCAAAGGACUAAAGGAUUAUUUAGCGAUUCACCAGGCAGAGAUGGAUUUUCUGUCUUCACAGCAGAGAGAAACCAAGAGGAACUCCAGACUGGGUUUUCUCUAUGACCUGGAGAAGGAGAUCAGAGCAGUGGAAAGAUACAUACGGAGACUGGAGUUCCAAAUCAGCCAGGUGGAGGAGUUGUAUGAGACUUACUGUAUUCAGUGGAGGUUGUGCCGGGGAGUGGUCAACAUGAAGAGAGCCUUCUCCCUUUCUCCAUCCUCCAGAGCCUCCAGAGAGAGCCUGGUGGAGCUCAGCCGGAACCAUCGACACAGUCUGCAGGACAUGUCAGCCAUGGAGGGAGAAUUGGAAAUCCUCCUAGGGGAGCUGCACAUCAAAAUGAAAGGUCUGAUCGGUUUUGCCCGGCUCUGCCCUGGAGACCAGUAUGAGGUGGUGGUGCGUUUGGGCCGGCAGCGAUGGAGGAUCAGAGGGAGGAUCGAGUCUGAUGACUCUCAGUCCUGGGACGAAGAGGAGAUGGUGUUCCUCCCACACAUCCAGCAUAACUUUGACAUUAAGGUGAUGGAGGCGAAGGGUUUGGGUUGGCUGCUGGUUGGCAUGGUAACGUGUGCCAGUGUGGACUUCUUUGUGGCGAAGCCGCAGCUGAUGCUGGUGGACAUCACAGAGUUGGGGACCAUCAAACUACAGCUGGAGGUCACCUGGAACCCGUUCGACAGCAGCGAAAAGAUGAAGAUGAAGCUGCAGUCUGUCAGCAAACAGUCAGUGUCAAGCAGAAAGAGUUCAGUCUACAGCUGGACGGCUCCAAACACCCCCUCCUUCUCAGAGAAAUACUUCUUAUCGAUGGUGCGAGAGUUGCAGGAUCAGGAAGGUUCUCUGCCAUCUCUGGUGUCUAAAAGUCGUCGCAGCCGAGGGGGCGUGUCUCUGCUCAGCUACCUGUCGGACCCGUCCCACACCUCGGUCCUGCCGGGCCCGUUCAACCCAAGUCUGACUCUGGCUCACAGCUACCCGACCAAUCCAGGAACCAGUCUGGGAGGAAGUCAGACCCAGCUUUCCUUUGGGGAGGACGAGGAGGUGAUGAAGAGGAGGAUGGAUGAGGAGGUGGGAGAGGAGGAAUGGGGAGAAGUGUUAGCGACUCCUUCAGAGGAAACGGCAGCCUCUGUCGUGGCCUUACAGAGGUCCAGCACUCCUGACAUCCUGAGACAGAACCCAUCAGGAGAACAUGAACCUGAGACGAACAGUCCAGCUCUGCAGCAGGAGAAGGGCUCCUCUGAAGGCCCGGCUCACUCUGCCGCAGCCGCCCCCUCCCCCCUGGCUGCUGCGCUGACCCUGGGGAGGUCUGGCGUGAGUGGAGCCCAGCGCCAGGCCCAGGCCCUCAGACUGGGAGUUGUGAUCAUGGAGCUGGAGAAAACGCUGCAGAGUGGGAGCUGCAGGGAGAAGGAGCUGAAAGCGUUGGAACAUCAGGUUCUUCACCUGGCCACCAUCCUGAAGAAUGACCUGUCCCUCCUCAAGACCACCUCCUCAGAGGAGACUCUGGCUGUGGAGGAAGUCCUGGGCAGCUUUGACUUCCUGUCACAUGACCUCACUGCAGACGAUGACGCUUCCUGUUUGGGCAGCCUGAGGCUGAAAGACAGUGGCAUCAGCUCGUUCCAGCAGAGCACUCUGAGGAGUCUCGGCCUCCUCUCUAAAGACAGCCAAUCGGCUUCUGAGGAAGAGCUGGUCAUCGCCCCACUGACUUCUGGGAACUGGGGUCUGGACCAGGCCCUGGAGACACACCUGGAUAUCUGCUGCAUCCUGCUGCAGGCGAUCCCAACGACCGACUUCAGCCCGUCUCGGAGGGAGCUGCUGGAGGAGAUCUCCAUCCAAACCCAGGUCCUGAACCGAAUCAGCUGUCUACUCCUGGAGAAGAACGACAACAUCUCAGCUCGAGACAUCCUCCCUAAAGCCCAGAGGUCCAGGGACACGCUGCUCUUCUGGCAGGAGUGUGGGGACAGCAGCAGUUCUCCUUUCUUUUGUCACGUUGAUGACUUUUCCAGGAUCCUGAAGAGACGUUACACUCACAAGGUGAAGGCCAAGCAGCCCGGCCAAUCCGACAAAGUGUUUUCCCGACUCCUGCUGCAGCUACAGGCGCCCUGCCGGCUGGUUCCCUGUUCCCGAUCCAUCUGCAGUCCAGAGAGAGUCUCGGUCUUCCAGCUUUCAGCUUAUCUGAAGCGCUGGAGCUUCCAGGAUUUGGGAGAGCACAUCUCCUGCCUUUCCAGAGAAGAGUACAUCCUGUCGGCACUAAACAGCCCCAAAAGGAGGCGGGCUUUAAAUAAACUAAGGGGGCGGGCUAUAUCAGAGCUCCUCCCACUGGGAUUCACCCUCCAGACUCUUGGUGCCCUGCUGAUCGACUCAAACCACCGAGUUUGCAAAGCUGCUUCCAGCUGUGUCUGCAGAGCUGCAGGAUGCAAGUCAUUCAGGAACAAGGCGGUGGUUUUCUACACUGAGAGUCUGAGGAGUCCUGAUGUUCUGACCCAGUUGGGCUCCUGUUUGGCUCUGAAGUGUCUCAGGGCGACGGAGAGCGUGGACCACAUUUCAGAUCUGUGGAGAUCAGAGGACGAAGAUCUACGCAGCGCUGCCAGAGAGACCGUCCUGUCCUUCGGUAAAAAGGGACACGAGGCCUUCCAGAGGAUGGACCAGCUGUUCACUGAGAUGCAGGAGGAGGCCUACAAAAACCAGGAGACUGAAAUCACCAUUUUAUAGAAAGAUUCUGGAGUUCCAAGCUCUGAUUUGCAAACCUGACAGGAUGCAGCCACUUUCUGGAUGAGGGAAGAUCUGCUGAUCUCGCCUGGUUCUGGAUGAGCUGUUUCCCGUCAUCCUGCAGAACUCUCCUGAGAACUUGAAUAUAUUUGUUUAAAAGAGUUUUGUUUAAGAUGCUCUGAUGGAGCCGCAUUUAACCUGAAGGUUUUUGGCUGAUUUCAAUUUAGAAUUUUCAUAAAAACCUGUUUGUUGGAGACUUAUAAAUUUAUUUUCGUUAUAAUUGCGUCCUGAGUUUGUGGCUGAGGUGUAUAAGUUGUAAGAACGAUGUAUCACAUGUAUAUUAAGCCCAGAGGGACUGAAUAAAACCACAAAGAGCUUCA